AUGGCGUACAUCGAGACACCGCGCACGGACGCCGGCAACGCGACAUUCAUGACCGAUGGCCACGACUUCGAGAAUUUCUCCAUAGAACCCUCACUACUAUCUCCUCUCAAGCGAAAAGAUGAUAUUGUUUCCCAAGUGCAAAACGGGCGCGGCAUCAGUCUGAAGACUCCACGAGCACGCGUACCGUUAGCAGAUCGACGGAACCUUCCAGCACGAACAGAAUUCACACCCCUCCUACAAAGCGUUGCAAAGAAGACAUUGGAACGCAAAGGCAAGAUAGGCGGGGCACCUGAGACGCCGGCAUUCUUGAAGGCUAGUUAUCAGGGCGGCGACAGUCCUGGAUUACCUGGAGGAGAUGUGUCAGGCGUGUACGGAAGUGACCUGGGAAGCUCAGUGCUUGGGGAUGGAGAAGGGACGCCAAUGCCCCAGGUCACCAGCAGUAGUGCGCAGUCGACGCCGCUCGCAGUCUUACCCAAGAGAGAUGCUGCUGGGGUCUUGACAGACCAAGGGAACAUGAUGACCUUACGAGAGCAGGAAAACAUCAUCAACAAAAUCGAGAAGGAGAAUUUUGGUCUCAAGUUGAAGAUACACUUCCUCGAAGAAUCGCUGCGAAAGUCAGGGCCUGGAUUCAACGAGGCCGCGCUAAAGGAGAAUACCGAUCUCAAGGUUGACAAGGUCACCAUACAGAAAGAGCUUAGACAAUGUAGGAAGAAUCUCAGCACGGUAGAGCGUGAAGUUGAGGCAUCCAAACGUCAUGUCGAGGACCUUCAAGAGAAGGCGAAGCGAAAGCAUGCCGAUGAAACCCUGCGUCGGCAGCUGGAGGACUUGAAGAGUCAUUUGGCAGCCAAAGAAUCUGACCUCGAAGACCUCAGGCAACGAUUAGAAUGUGCUGAAGGCGAUGGCCAAGAGUUGGAAAAGCUAAAGGGAGACAUUGAGGACCUCGAGGCCGACCUGCGAGAAAAGGAUCGUAUCAUAGGAGAGCGAGACGACCAGAUCGACAAGUUGAAGGAGCAGUCUAGGAAAGACUCAGACGAGUUCAAUGAGGUGUGCGCUGAGCUGGAAGCAAGCAAAACGCGCAUCGAAGAUUUGGAACAAGAACAGGAAGACUCUGCUCAACAAGCGGCGAAGUUGAGGGAGGCACAUAACGAGCUCCAAGAUGCGCUGGAAGCCAAGCAGAAAGCCGAAGAGGAUCUUGAUGAGCUACGCGAUGAAAUGUCCAACAAGUCAAUCAAUACCAAAGGACUUAGCCGACAACUCGAAGACAAGGCAAACAAGCUUCAGGAUGACCUCACCUCGAUUCGGGAGAAACACGGUCAAUUACAGGAAAAUUUUGACGACAAGUCAAGAGAGGCCAGCAAGCUACAAGAAAAGCUUCGAGACGCCAACCAAGACGCAGACGUCCGAGAACAACGCCUCAAGGACCAGAAUGAGUUGCUUCGUCAUGAACAUGAAUCCAUUGUCCGAAAAUGCGAAUCUCUGACCACCAAAGUCGAACAGGCAAUCAAGGAACUACAAAGCAGAUCAGAAGAAAAAGAUUUGCUACAUUCACGCCAUGAUACUCUGGCGGCUGAAUCCCAAACCUUGCAAAAAGAUUUGACCAGAGCUCAAGCAAACGUCCAAGAACUCGAGGAGAGUCUGGAGGAUGAGAGACAUCAUGCGCAGGAUAACGAUCGUCAGCUGCGGUCUGAAGCAAAACGGGGGAUCGAUAGGCUUUCGGAAGAGGUUGACAGCCUCCAUCGUGAGCUAGAAGAUAAGGAAAGCCAGUUUGCAACAGAUCAAGAUCAUUGGGAAAGCCAGCGACGAGGUCUCCAAUCACAGAAGGAAAGAGCUGAAGAGCAAGCGGCAGGUUUGCAACGAACAAUCAGCAAACUACAGGAGACUGAGGGGACACUGUCCGGUCGUGAAAUGAAGCUCAAGGAAGCCCUCGAAAGCGAGAAGCAGCGACACAAAAGCGAGGAGGCAGUUCUUGAGCGUCAAAUCCAGGGAUUGAACGCCGAUGUUGACGAAAAACGGCAGGCCUUAGAUGACCUUCGAUCCGAACUCUCGCAGGCCAGAGAGGAUCUCCGCGUUAGCCAAAGAGAGCAAACGAUUUUCGAAGAGAAAGUGCAGGCUCUUGAAGAUGAAGUCGAGGUGCUCCAAAAUGGUCUUGACGACGAAGCGGACAAGGCCAGAGAAGAGAUGCAGGCGGCCGAGCAACAGGCGGAUGACUUGAGAUCCUCCUUGACUGCUGCGAAGAAAGAGUUAGCCCAGGUCCAGGACAGCAACCUCGAGAGAUCUGGAGAAGCGGUGAACGGACUCAACACCAGAUUACACGCCGCUGAUGAGCAGCUUCGGCAAGUUAAAGCCGAAAAGCAGUCAUUACAAGACAAAUUGGCGACCGUCAAUCUUGAUCUGCGUGCACUUCAAUCCUCAUCUGCUAAAAUUGAGGCUGAACGCGAUGAGGUCCGAAGCCAGCUCGAACAGAUGAGAAGCCAAGUCGAUGAGACGUUCAAGUUCGACCAGGAGAAACUUGACCUCCGAACCUCAAAAUUAAAGCUUGAGAAUGACAUCGGUCGUCUUCGUGAGGAGAAGAAGGGUCUCAUUGAGAAGAACGCCGCCGUCGAGCGCGAAUUGGAGUCAGAGAUUCAACGAGCAACGUCCGAUGAGGGCCGCCUAAACGAGGAUAUCCUUGACUUACAACGGAAACUUAACGCAGCCUCUGGCGGUCGAGAUCGAGAGCUUGCCGCUGCGAGGCAGAAGAUUCAGCGUCUCGAGGUCCGCGUUGACGAGCUUGAGGGCCUCACCGGCAAGUUGGAAGACAACGGGGAGACUGUAGCCGAGCUCAGCAUGACCCAGAAAGACCUGGCAAAGGCACGGAAGAAGGAAGCAGAAUACAUUCAGCGCGAGGCGGCCCAAAAGGAGGGUCUCCGAGAUCUGAGGCAGAAAGUCACACGAUUAGAACGGCAAUCUCACGAACAGGAAAUUGCUCGCUUGACGUUGGAUUCGCCAAAGUCUUCUGUGGGAGAUUCGGCUCGCAAGAAUGAGCUAUUCCAGGUUCAACAUCAGCUCGCCGAUGCCUCUCAACAGCUUAGAGAAGCCCGAGCAAAGUCAAAGGACGACCUAAAGACACUGCAGCGCAAACUUACCGAAUCAGAAUGCCAGGUCCAGUCAAACCUUGAUGCCUACGAGCAGCAACGUGAACAGCUAGAAGCCGAGCUUUCCGCCAUCCGCAAUGAGCAAGACACCAUCCUCGCCAAAAACACCACAGCAACUCAGACUAUCUCACGCCUACGUACUCGCAUCUCAUCUUUGGAGAACGAUGUCCGUGGUCAUCGCCAAGCCACGACAGCAGAUGUAACUUUAGCGGAAGAGCGGAAAGACUUACACGAGAUGCUUAAGGACGCCAAGCUCACUGCCGAAGAUCUACAAGUGCAGAUCAACUCGAGGGAGAGCCAGCUUGAAUCGGUCUCCAUCCGUGAGAAGGAUCUUCGAGCUCAGCUCAAGCGUGUCCGAGAAGAACGUACGUUACAGACGCAUAGAUCAACGGCUCUCUCUACAGAGUUAGAGAACGUGCAAUCUCGCUAUGAACGCGCUGUCGACAAUCUUACCCGCCAGCAGCACAACUGGGACGAAGAGCGUAAGGCGAUGGCGUCCCGUGUGCGUUUCGCCAAUACCUCCAUCAGCAGCCUGCAUGCCAACGACAAUCAGAAUCUCGAGAUGAUACAAAAGAAGCACAUGGGCGAGUUAAAGGGAUUAGCUAAACAGAUUCAAUGGCUGCGCGCCAAAUGCACAAGGGAGGAAGGCUUCAGGAGUGGUCUAGUAUACGAAAAGAAGUUCUUGCUGAUGCAAAUCGAGAUGUUUGAGGCUUGUAACCAAAUCGAUCUCAAUCUCCUCUCCGACAUGGGCAUCACGCCUAGCCCAUCGUCCCCUCGUCUGCGCCUUGGAGACAGCCUCCGGGGCAAACUAGGCAAGACGGAGCAGACGAGGCUUUCAUUACGAGCUGUAGGUUUCAUGGUCAUGGCCAGCUGUCGAAUGACGCGAAUGAGUAAGGAGUGGGCAGGGCAGAGGAGGGUGAGGGACGCAUUGAGCAAGAAGUUGGAGGGUAUGAUGGAAGCAAAGAAGGGGAAAAUAGUCAGUAGUGGGAGAUGA